AGAACUUGACCUACUUCUUUUCCACGAAGAAACAGCGGCCGAGUGGAAACAACAUCCCAUGUUCUGAGUUAAAUCCACACAAAAAAGAUUUCCAGUGAUGGAUAAAAGACGUCUCCUUGUGUUUCUGAUUUCAUGUCUAAUCAUCAUAUAUUAUUUGAGAAAGAAUUCAAAGCAGAAAAGUUCUAAACCAAAACAGAAAAAAGUGCCACAACCACAAAGGGAAGAGUCAACAUUUCUGCCGAAUGCCACUUAUUGGGGAGCCCCUAUCAUAUGGGAGAAAACUUUUCAACCAAGCCUGAAUCGUGAACAGCUCAAAACGACAGCUUUUUCGAUUGGGCUUACAGUGUUUGCUAUCGGAACAUAUAAGCAAUACCUGUACAACUUUGUACAAUCUGCUGAAAAAUAUUUUAUGACUGGAUACUUUGUGACUUAUUACAUCCUCACUGAUAAUCUAGAUGUCCUCCCUUCUGUGAAAUUAGGGACCGGCAGAGAAAUCAAGCCAUUUUACAUAGCUGAAAAGCCAGGCUGGAUUCAUCUAUGGAAAGCUAGAACGUCUCUCUUGAGUAGCGUGAUUAAAGAACUCAUUCAAAAUGAAGUGCAAUAUGUAUUCUGCAUGGAUGUUGAUCAAAUAUUUAUGAAUAAUGUGGGGUCUGAGAUUUUAGGGGACCUUGUUGCAACUUUGCACCCUGACUUCUAUGAUGCCCCAAAGAACGUGUAUCCAUAUGAACAAACUUCUGUUUCGAAAGCGUAUGUUGAUGGAUUGGAAGGUGAUUAUUACUACACUUCAGAGCUCUAUGGUGGAAAAUGCAAUGAUGUGUAUGAGUUAACUCUUACCUGCUCUCAGUUCAUAAUUCAGGACAUAGAGAUUGAUUUCACUGCCAUUAUGUUUGAGGAGAGUUACUUGAACAGAUAUUUCAUCAACACUAAGCCAACCAAAGUACUUUCUUCAGAAUAUAGUUGGCCUGCCCGAAGAGAAUCCACGGAAUUUGUAGUAAAGAGGAUCUUUUCUCUGGAGCGAUACAUGCCCGUAUAAAGAAAUGUGUGUUUUUCCAUCAUGCAAAAUAUGGAAAAAAGUUUUUUUUUUAGAAAUUACUAAGUUAUAAAAGAAGGAGACUAUAUUUUAAGAAUAUUCCAUUCCAGAGUUUAUGUUUAGGUCAUAGAGUUCAAAGGUGUCCAAAAGCACAGUUAUAAAGAUAGGAGAUGUAACUUCAAUAGAGAAGCAAGUACCAAAACAGGCUCAGAGGCCCCAAAUGGCCACCAGCUGC